AAAACAGAAAAAAGGUUCGUUGUUUACCAGAUAAAAGGCUCGGAUCGAUUAGAUUCGCGAGCAAGAUGAGGAGAAGAUAAAAGGGGAGACAAAAGAGUUUGGGAUUUCGUUAUGUCCCAGAAAAUUAACCAUAAACAGUGGAGUUUGCAGCAAAAAAGCAAGCUUCGAUGGGUACGUGGGACCCACUUUGGAGAAAUCUAUAAUGUUGUUGUAGCGCACAAACCCGACAAAGGAGGACACCUCCCCACCAAACUUACCCACUUUUCCUUUCUCUUUACCCAUCAUUGCCCUCAUUUGAAGGGAAAGAAAGACCGAGUCUUUAUGCAAAUUGGUCUUCUCGGCGGCGGUGGAUUGUUCACGAUGUCAUCAUCGGAGGAGUCUUAUUCGUACCCUGAUGAGUCCGAUCUGGAAUUGGGGCUUGGCCUCAGCCUUGGAGGUGGAAAGACUAAGACUAAAACCAAGCAUCUGGUGGCGGCGGGCGGCGGAGGCUCGUGGGAUCACUAUGCAAGAAUCUUGACUGCUAAGGAUUUUGCUGGUGUGGUUUCUGACAAAACGUCGUCGUCUUCUUCUUCAUCUUCGUCUUCGUCUUCCAUUACUAAAGUGAAUACUAGCGGCACCAAGAGAACUGCUGAGUCUCCCUGUUCUCCGCCCGGUCGUUCUGCAAUUAGAUUUUCUUAUGGAAGCAGUCAGGUUGUUGGAUGGCCUCCUGUCCGAACUUAUAGAAUGAUCAGUAUGUCAAACCAGGUAAAAUCACCAGUCACUGAACAACUUUUCUCCAUUGAUGAUAAAUGUAAAAGCAAGAACGCUGAUACGCCCAAUCCCAAUCAUGGAAGCUGCAAAAAUAACAACAUUUCAAAGGAAAAUGGAUUUGCCAAAACAUCUUUGUUUGUAAAGGUGAACAUCGAUGGGGUUGCAAUUGGUAGAAAGGUUGAUCUGAAUGCUCAUACCUGCUACGAGGCUUUAUCUCGUGCGUUGGAUGACAUGUUUAUGCCAAGUGCAUCAGUUGGGGGCAGAGGAUCAAAUAUGGAAAAGCAAUCUUCUGUUGCUGGUAAAAGACAACCAGUUAGAUUUCAUGAUGGUUCGUCUGACUUUGUUCUCACCUACGAAGACAAGGACGGAGAUUGGAUGCUUGUCGGAGAUGUUCCCUGGGAGAUAUUUCUGAGUUCUGUGAGGAGGCUCCGGAUCAUGAGAACGACUGAUGCCAAAGGUCUUGGUAUGCGCAUCUCGACCUUAUCAUAAUGCUGAUUCUCGUUGGCACACUUCAUAUACGUAUCUGUCUCCAGGAUCUCAAGAAAGGAACAGGAGACGGCCAGUUACUCCCUUAUAAAGAACACACCCCGCCUAGAUGAUCUCUCUCUAGAAGCGGGAAGCUUGAAGAUGAAGAUGUUACCCCCGUUUUGGUUUGGCUUUGCCUGAAUGAUUUUGGUCACUUUUACAGCUUAAUACUAAUAAUAUUCCAACACACCCUUCAGCCAGGACGGCACCUGCAUCUGCACAACGCGGAUGCUCCCGUCCCUUUUUUUUAUUUUUUUCCUGUUUGUAGGUAAAGCAUACGAAGCAUUGCCAUUUGAUACAAUGUAAGUAUAGAAAUGGCAAGUUUGUCCAUUUUUCUUUUCUCGUGUUGCACUCACCAACUGCUACAUUCCCACCUGGUUUAAAGAAGGAAAAAAUAUGUAUAUCAUUUGCUUUUGUACAA